GGUGUGCACUGUACCAAGAGGAUGGAUUUAAGAGGGCGGAAUGGCAGGUCCUUAUAACUUGGCUGUAUCUGCACCCCGAAACCUAAGCGGAGACAAAUGAAAAUCCUUAUUUCAUGCUGCAUAGUCGGCGGCCACAUGGAGUGCGGAAGUUUGAAUCAAACGAAUGUCAAACAACUACUAUCAAACCACUUUGAGGUUCUGCAUUCGACAUGGUGAUAUUCAUUUUUGUACCCGCUGUAAACAACCUGUGCUGGAGUUACGCGUGAUUUGAAACAUGCAUUUUUUUUCUACUGGUGAAGCAGGACUCCUGAAGAAGUGUAUAUAAACACUUAUUUGUAUAUUUUUACAACAAUUUUUGAUAGUCUACAGCCAAAGUAGACUAUCGGGGAUUAAAUUAAAUUAUUGGGGUUCGACAAUAAGAGCUGUAACGACGCGCCAAGAAACUUAACAUCGGCCAGGAAAGGGGAUUUAAAAUCUACUAUAAUCCACAUGUGAAAAUAUAACUGUAAUAACAACGGUUUGCAAGGUUUUUCAUGAUCCCACUUAUGAAAGAUAACUUAGUUUUCUAGAUGUAGGCUAGUCUAAUGUAACGCUUCACUACUUGCGCUUUUGUCUGGACAGCAAUUAAUGUCCAUGUACGUUUUACUUUUAGUACCCAAAUAUUUUUUGUUUGAAAAUGUAUUACAUAUAUCCAAGUUUUACAUUCGAUAUUAAACAAUGAUGAAAGUUCCUGUGGGAUUCAUUAAACUGUCUUUUACUUAAAAAUACAAUAUUUGGAUGGUCAGUGGACAUUUGUAAAAAUACGAGUGUCGGUUUUACGCUGUUUGAUUCGCCACCCUUUUUGAUUCAUCCUUUAACAAUAAAUCUACAUGGAUUUUUUUCAAGAGGCGAAAAGAAACAUGUUGCAUCUCCGUGCGCUACGAUCAAUCUUGAUACUUUUAGGGGUAGCAGACUGUCGAGUCUUGGACGGAUUGCAGAGGUUUUCGUCCAUUCCCACCUACUUGCCUGUCAACUACCAGGUGCUCAAUGCAGAGUCGGCCUUCUUCCUGAAGGAGGCCAAUCAGGAGUUCAUGAGGAACUCUAGCUUGCUGUCGCGUACAGAGCCCUUCUUCGUCUACCAGGCCCGCAGCAUGCCCUCAGUAAACGCCAGCUAUGGCCCUCUAUCUGUGGAGCAGCCCAUCCCCCUGGAGCUCAUCCAAAACCCUGGAGCAUUUGUGGCCUCCUCUAUUUUCACUUUCAACUGGAAGGUGCAGACCUUCAUCAUACAGGACAUGAUCUAUUUGACUAAGCCUAGAGUCCAGGUACUGUUCUACGUGGCUGGUAGGGACUGGGAUGACUACAGUGCCAUCGACAAGCUGCCCUGUGUACGCAUGUUUGCCUUCCACGAGACCCAGGAGGUGCGUGGCACCUGCCAGUUGAAGGGGGAGCUGGGGCUGUGUGUGGCUGAACUGGAGCCCCUGGCUGGCUGGUUCAGCCCCCCCAGUGUCGUGCCUGGGCGUCAGAGGACCAUAGAGCUGGCUGAAGGGACUCCGGUAGAGCUUUACUACAUACUACAAUCAACAGAGGCAGGGGAGUGCCACUCGGAAGAGUCCCGGAAAGGCAACUCCAUCCGUUCGGAUCAAGAAGGGCUGUUUGGCUCAUCUACCUCCACGCCCAUGAGAAGGAUCGGCAGUGUGCGUCUGUACCAGAGCCCUGCCGCCCCACCCCUUACUGAACACAGGCUGGAUAGUAACUUUCUGGUCAUGGUACCGGCCACGCCCAUGAGGCAGAGAGAUACUGUCUCUGCUUUCAUCUCUGCCUCAGCCUUCUCACCCGUGGAAAUGUUCACCCUAAGGGUCAAGUUGAAAGAGGGCGUGGCAUUUCUGGGUGCCCGCCCCAGCAACCCCACCCUGUGGAUGGUGAGCCAGGACGUAAGGAGCGAGGGACACAGGGUGGUCACCCUCCACUGCCGCAGGAAGGAGUCCAGCUACGGUCAAAGGUCUGAAGGAGGUGUCCAGAAGGUCCUCCAGGUGGAUCUAGAGGUGGACAGUUUUCUUGGCCCGCUGGGCAGCCGCUGGAUCACGUGGCAGGUGGAGUACCCGGGCAGCCGUGCCACGGUGCAGGAGGCGGAGACAGAGAUACGGCUGGCACAGAAGGACCUGGGGGGCAUUGUGCCCCUGGCCAUGAACACAGAGAUCCUGAACACUGCCGUGCUGACAGGGAAAACGGUUGCUGUCCCAGUGAAAGUGGUGACCAUUGGAGCCGACGGUGCGGUCACCGACGUCUCAGAGGCUGUUGACUGUUGCUCCACAGAUGAAGAUGUGGUCAAGGUGUCAGACAGGUGUGACUAUGUGUUUGUGAAUGGGAAGGAGAUGAAGGGCAAGCUGAGGAUGAUGGUGAACUUCACCUACAGCUACCUGAGUGCCCAGCUGGAGAUGAACGUGUGGAUCCCACGGUUGCCCCUCCAGAUCGAGGUGUCUGACACGGAACUCAGCCAGAUCAGAGGCUGGAGGGUGCCCAUUGUGGUGAGCAGCCAAAGGUCUGCACGGGACAGUGAUGAUGAGGAUGAUGAAGACCGGAGAGGGAGGAGCUGCACCUUACAGUACCAGAAUGCCAUGGUCCGAGUGUUGACACAUUUUGUGGCCGAAUCUGCUGACUCACGUGGUCAGCUGACCUACAUGCUAGGCAGUGAUUGGCAGGUGGACAUCACUGGGCUGGUGUGGGACUUCCUGAAGGUGGAGGACCCUCAGAUAGCACAGCUACAGGAUGGACGCAUACUAGCAGGAUUAGACAUGGGGAUGACUACCAUCCAGGUGCUGUCCCCCCUUUCUGACUCCAUCCUGGCGGAGAAGACGGUCACUGUAGUGGAUGACAAAGUGACCAUCACAGAACUGGGGGUGCAGCUGGUCACCGGCCUGGCUCUGUCCCUGAAACUCAGCCCAGGAAGCAACCGUGCUAUCCUCGCCACGGCAACUACCCAGGAAGUGCUACAGAGCCCAAAACAGGAGGCUCUGAUCAGUGCGUGGCUGCAGUUCAGCGAUGGCUCCAUGGCUCCUCUGGACCUGUAUAACCCAGAGCACUUUAUCCUGACGGCCACAUCCCUGGAUGAGGAGGUGGUGACUGUCCAGCAGGCCCCCUCCUGGAAGUGGCCUGUGAUCGUGAUUGAGGCUGAGGGCCAAGGCCUUCUGGUACGGGUGGAGAUGACCGUCUGUGAGCUCUGUCAGAAGUUCAAGCGGCGCAGCGUGCUGGCUGCGGGAAACUGCAACGUCAGGGUGAAGUUUGGCCAGAGCGACAGCGGCACCUCCAGAGGCAGUGACUAUGGGGCGGAGGCCGAGGAGCUUGAAAACAGGGCCGUCGACCACAGGCAGCAGUCCCCCUCUCAGGACAGAACUGGUCUGGACACACACUACUAUGGUAGCUCCAUCGCUGACAUGGAGGAUUCCGUCAUGAGGAGGUUCACCACCACCACCAAGAGCGCCAUCAUCAGGAGGCCCAAUGGAAACAAGCUUUCGGACGACGGGUUCCAGAACAUGCCAGACUUUUCCGACUUCCCCGCCCAGGUUGACCUCCCUCGCAGUCGCAACAUAGAGGAUGAUUUGAUCCAGACGGCCCGGGGACUCACUGACCUGGAGAUUGGCAUGUACGCCCUGCUGGGGGUCUUCUGCCUUGCCAUCCUGGUCUUUCUGAUCAACUGCAUUUCCUACACCCUCAAGUACCGCCACAAGGAGCUAUCCGUUGAGGGUCAGGAGAGCUUGAACCAUGCCCAUGACUGGGUGUGGCUGGGGAAUGAGGCGGAGCUGCUGGAGAGUCAGGUCAGCUUGUCUCCCCAGCAGGACGAGCUCACCUCCAUGGUGGACUGCACCGCAGGGCUGGAAGAGGGCAGCCACCUGCUCAACGGGUGCUUGGCCCAGAAGAAUGUGCAGGGCCAGGUGCACCGCGGAGCAAAUGCAGGGGGGUGCACAGGCACAGCCACAGCCAAGGACAGCAAAGGAGAUUCGCCGACCACAAAGAGGAAGCGGGUGAAGUUCACCACGUUCACCACCAUUCCACCAGAUGACGGCUGUCCCAGUGUUAGCACGUUGAGCGUGGGUCAUAGCCAGAACAUUAAGUGGGUGUGCCAAGAUGUAGAGCUUGGCGACUCCAAGGAGCUCCAGAACUACAUGGAGAGGUUAAAUGACAGUGCUUUAAAAGAGGUGGUGUAGUCUGUGUGCUCACUGCACUUAUAGCGAACUCACCCUUAUGCCUUUCACAGUGAAGUGGGCCUGGACAGCACCUAUUGCUACAGUCAGAGGCUGUAAACUAGAAGCAAAAUUUUUGUGAAUCACAUGGAACUGCCAAAGUGGGAAUGAACUUGAGGGCAAAAGUAGUAAUGGUACCAUAAAGGACCAAUGGAAAAUUAUUAACUUGAAAAGAAAUAUGUCAACAAAUGAGGAUGUCUGUUUAUUUUUUGAUAAUUUCUCUAUGCUGUUUAUCUCUUCCUACCUUUUUAUUAUUAUUUCAUUGUGAUUAUUUUUUUAGGUAGACUUAAACCAUGACUUGCUCUGCAUUACUGACAAAAUUAUUAAAUGUACGCUGAUGAUGAUGAUGAUGAUGAUGUAGAUUUAAGAAUGUAAUAUGAAUGAACAUUCAAGAUGUAUAUAAAGUACUCCUAGAAAGUUGUUGGAAGUUUUGUAGCAUAUUUUAUAUUAAUUUCCUACUCCACAUCCUGUCUUUUUUGGGGUGGAUAAAUGUCUGACCUCCCAGGAUAAACCAGAAUUAGCUGACAGAACAUCCUGCAUGUGGUUUGACAUAAUGGCACAAAGUUUAGCUUCAUGCUCAUCUUUACCAGAAGACAUGGCUAUGUACUGUAUAUACUAAACACUCCUCCUACAAGCCACUGUAUUGUUGCUGUAUAUUGUAUUUUCAUAUCUAUCAUUUAAAGAAUAUCCAAAAAUGUUGUGUGUGUCCGCUUUAAUCCACCAACCACAUUGAAUUAUAUUACACAUGCCAAGAUGAAUUUCUAUUUGCUGC